UUCCCUUUCGAAGACUUGAGAAUUUGUCUCUGACUUUAAACACUUGCACAGAAAGAUUAGAUAUAGAGAUCUGUGUGAAAUCGUUCAUAGUGAUUGCUGUACGCCAACCCUUUUUGACAAAGUAAAACAGUUGAUCGAUUCUAAAGAUAUAAAACCGCGGGAAAGAAUUCCGUUUUGAUUUCAUGUUUUAGAGAGAAAUUAGCGAUGGAGAAGAGAUAUCCCGUUGCAACUGGUGGAAUCCUCCACAAAAUCAAGAAAGCUGCUUGCCUUGAUGCAUCAUCAUCUGACACUGGAAAAGGAAAAAGUAAGUCAUCUGAUAAUCAAGUGUCUCAUGGAUUCCACUUGGUUGAAGGGCAAUCUGGUCAUGACAUGGAAGAUUACCACGUGGCAGAAUACAGAAACAUAAAGGGUCAUGUUCUUGGACUAUUUGCCAUUUUUGAUGGCCAUUUGGGUGAUCGUGUGCCAAGUUAUUUGAAAGAUAAUCUUUUUAACAACAUUCUUAAUGAGCCAAGUUUUUGGAAAGAUCCCAUGAAGGCAAUAAAAGAUGCAUAUCGUUCUACCGACCAAUUUAUCCUUGAGAAUGCCGGGCAGUUAGGUCCGGGCGGGUCAACUGCGGUCACCGCAAUUGUUAUUGACGGUAAAGAUUUGUGGGUGGCAAAUAUAGGCGAUUCUAGGGCGGUCUUGUGUGAGAGAGGUUCCGCCAAUCAGCUUACUGUGGACCAUGAACCGCACAUAGAAAGAAAAAGGAUUGAGAAACAGGGUGGAUUUGUCACUAUUCUUCCAGGUGAUGUUCCUCGAGUGAAUGGCCAGUUGGCGGUUGCUCGUGCUUUUGGGGACCAAAGCCUAAAAGCACAUCUAAGUUCAGAACCCGACGUACGACAUGUACCCAUCGACCCCACCAUAGAGCUUGUGAUAUUGGCAAGUGAUGGCUUAUGGAAGGUGAUGAGCAACCAUGAGGCCAUUGAGAUGGUGAAAUCCAUCAAAGAUCCCUUAGCAGCCGCCAAGCGUUUGACCUCAGAGGCAUUAGCAAGAAAAAGCAAAGAUGAUAUUUCAAGCAUCGUUAUUCGAUUCGGUUGAUAACACCCAUUAACAUCUUCUAUUAUUCGCAUAUUCGGUAAUAUCUUCCUUUACUUAGAAUAAAUAUGUCGUAUAUAAUAGGCGAUGAUUUAGUAUUUUAUUUUAUUUUUUCGUUUUUUCGGAUUGUAUAUUUUAUACAUAAAUAAGAAUUGUAGCAGACCAUGAUGUAUAGUGUGUUAGGUUUAAUAUGUUUGUUUUAAAGUGUGCU